UCUUGUUACAACCUAACCUCAAACUAAAACGUGUUUUCCGUUUUUGCGCUGUCCCGCUGUCAUAUGCAUGCGCUGUCAUGACUUGAAUGAAUCUUCUCUCAAUGGAUUGUGAAGAAAUUUUUCAAAAGCUUGCAUGUGGAGCCAAGUUUCGUCGGUUAGGACCCAAGAACCCGAAGAAAGAUUGUCAGUCACCCGAUUAUGGAGCACCUGCUGGCAAAAUAAGGAAGGUACGGCAAGUCAAAGACGAAAACUGCAGGGGCAAUGAUGAAACUAGACCACUUUCAGAUGACUCAGAUGUUGAAAAAGAUCAUGCUGAGGAAAAAUCCAUCACCUACAAAGAUACUUUAGCAGAUAAAAGCAACAAGAAAGACAUGGUAGACCACUUACGGAAAUCAAUGAAAAUUUCUACAGCAGGACAAUCCGUUCCAAAACCGUUUGAAUCAUUUGAAGAAUUAAUAUCAGAUUACAAUAUUUCCAGAAAACUAGUGCAAAAUAUCUUAAAUUUUGGUUUUACUAAGCCAACUCCUGUACAAAUGCAAGCCAUUCCAUGUAUGCUGCAGGGUCGUCAGGUUCUCGCAUGUGCUCCUACAGGAUCGGGUAAAACUGCUGCUUUUCUUAUUCCUGUCAUUCAUGCUCUUGGAGGUCCAAAAAAACAAGGAUUUAGAGCUGUCAUUGUUUCACCAACAAGGGAAUUAGCCAAGCAAACAUUUAGGGAGUGUAUACGUCUUUGUGAAGGGAGUAACUUAAGAACUCACAUCAUCAGUAAAGUGGGUAAUGCCUCAGAGAAAUAUGGACCUAAUUCGUCCCAGAAAUUUGAUAUUUUGAUCACCACACCGAAUCGAUUAGUGUAUAUGCUAGAACAAGAUCCUCCUGCUGUCUCCUUAAAGAGUGUAGAAUGGCUUAUUGUUGAUGAAGCAGACAAAUUGUUCGAAGUUGGACCCAGAGGCUUUCGUGAUCAGUUGGCUGCCAUUUAUGUAGCUUGUGACUCAGACUCAGUGAAACGUGCAAUGUUUAGUGCAACAUAUUCAACUCAUGUUGCAAAAUGGUGCCGGAGAAAUCUCAAGAAAGUCAUUUCCGUGACCGUCGGGCACAGAAACACAGCCGCUGAAGAUGUGCAACAAGAUCUAUUGUUUGUUGGUAAUGAAGAAGGUAAACUCAUAGCAAUUCGUAACUUAGUUAAGCAGGGAUUAGCUUCACCUGUUUUGGUUUUUGUCCAAUCCAAAGAAAGGGCUCAAGAGUUGUUUGAAGAGCUCCUAUAUGAUGGACUAAAUAUAGACGUUAUUCAUGCAGAUAGAACACAGCUACAGAGAGAUAACACAGUUCGUGCCUUUAGGGAAGGAAAAAUUUGGAUCCUUAUCUGUACAGAAUUGAUGGGGCGUGGUAUAGACUUUAAAGGUGUUAAUACUGUCAUCAAUUAUGACUUUCCUCUUUCUGCUGUAUCAUACAUCCAUCGAAUAGGUCGUACUGGAAGAGCUGGUAGAACAGGAAGAGCUGUAACUUUUUUCACAACUGAAGAUACUCCCCAUUUAAGAAGCAUUGCAACAGUCAUGAAAGACUCAGGAUGUGAUGUUCCCGAGUAUAUGCUAAAAUUGAAACGACCCAAAAAGACAGACCGGCAAAAGUUAGAAUACAUAGCACCUGAGAGAAAGAAAAUAUCAACUGUUCCUAGUUAUGAAAAGUUCAAGCUGCACAAAGAAAAGGUGAAGAAAAUCAACAGAAGAUUGAGGAAGAAGGGGAAACGAGGAAUCAGCAUGAUGCCGGAGAAGAAGGUCAUCCAUCAAAGUGGUUUGGCUAAAAAGUACUACUCCAAGCAUUAUAAUAUCAACACUAAAAAACACAAAAAAUCUUGUAAGACUGAAGAAGAAUCAAUGCUUGCUGUUGAAGAUUAGAAAAUGUAUUGAAAAUUUUUAAUUUCACCUGAACCUCUGAAUUUAUAUUAGAAAGUCUCAGCAGGGUCCUACAUUGAUUUAUCUUUUGAUUUGACUCUUUAAGAAAAUACAAAUGUAAGGCCUGCGAAGUGUUCCUUAUGCGAUGUUAUUCAUUACAGAGACAGGUAUUAAGUAAUACAUCGAAUUGAAGCAUAUGGACUGUACAGACAUCAGAGAUAAAUGAAGAUUUUACUCUGACCUCUGGUGCCGGGUCAAACAUUCACAGCUUCGUUACUUAACUCCUUAAUCUACCUCUUCGUCGCCUGUACAGCGAUGCUGCCGUCUCACCAAAGAGAGCAGUAAUUCUCUUUUCGAAAUCAAGUUUCUUUCAAAAUUCGUUUAAUGUAAUCUGUAUGAACUUACUGAUUCAGCUAAAUAAAGAAUUCCUCUCAUAUUCAUAAAAACUAGACCUAUGAGAAAACUAUAAGUGCAAAAGAAUUGAUGUUGUUUCAGACAGAACAGCAGUAAGGAGCAUCAUUCCGCCAGAGAGCUGUGGAAUCUGCUUGCUUUUUUUCCAAAAUGCAACCUUGAAAGCGUGCAGAAGAUACCACUUACGACUGUUUUGCCUGACAUGAUAAUGAAAA